AAACAAAAUAUACUUUUUCUUAUACACCGUUCUUAGCCUAUAAAAGCUAUACGUUUUCUUACAAAACCUUUUUUAGCCUAUAAAAAAUAUACUUUUUCCUUAUAAACCUUUUUCUUUCCUAUACAUAAAUAAAAAGAACAGAAACGAUCUUUUUGUUAUUUUUUGUACAAAAGAAAAACAAUGACUAUUGUAAUCUACUACAAGGAAGAAAAAGCACCAAGUGACUUUUAAGAGCUAAUUUGCACAGCACCUUGAUUUAUAUUGAAUUCUGUACAGAUGGAUCCAUUUACUAUUCUACAAAUGGCUGGCGACAUGAAAAACAAAAAAUGCAAUGCACCGGCUGUUGUGCUGAAUAAUGAUGGUGCGCAUAAUAUUCUAGUUAAAAAAACUUGAAUUGUUACCAGGUCUUUUUGGUUUAGAUGGUGCGGCUGAUGAUAAUGAAGAUCCGGAAGAUGAACAAGAUAAAGAAGAAGUUGAACAAGAUGAAAGAGAAGAUGAACAAGAGGAUGAUAGUGGUAGUGGAGUUACUGGUUAA